AGCAUGCUGCCAAAACAACCGCACAAGCGCAAGCCCAUGGCAUCAGAAACCUCAUCCCAGCGUCGACAUCGCGCGGCUUCAGCGAUUCCCUCGACACCCAUCUCACAGCCCAUGUCCUCUUCGCAAGUCGCAAAGAAGUGCCGAGUCAGUGAUGGCAAUGAGCGCAUCGCCGAAACGCCUCAAGAAAACAAGCGACGCGCCAUGGGCAGCAAAGGCCAGCAAACCCCAGAGAGAACCACUCAACUCGCUCAAGCCACCUCUCCGAGCACCCCUUUUGAAGUUUCGUCAGCCGAGAGCUCCGAUUCUGACUGCCAGAUCAAAAAGGUAUUGCCAUCGCCAAAGCGCAAACUUGUCGCUGCUAGCCUGAGAGGUCGCCCAGCCAAGAGGGCGAGGAUGGAGCGCUCUAUCACC